AUGCUUAGAAAACGGUACAGACCUCUGGAUGCGGUGGAGGAGCGUUCUGUAGGUGUUGAACAACUGCUACAGGUUGGUUUGCUUCAAGAUGAGCAGUCAUACUGUUUUAGUUGGCCUGAUGCACCACUUACCUCUAUGUUGCGCCGUUCCAAUGCCUCUUUAGCACUUGGGAUGCAGAGUGGUUUAGCACCUUCUACAAACUCUGUGGUUGUACAACCUCCAGUUUAUGCGAUAGAUAAGAUUGCAGCUGAACAUGGAAGGGUAGAUAUAUUUAACAGUUUUUCCAAUAGUAAUCCGGCGAUUUCAUUCUUAAAAACAAAUCCCUCUUUAUCCGUUCAUAACAAUACUAUACAGGGACACAAGCGACAUCCUUCAGCCUCCGUGGUUACUUCUACCGAUGAUAAUAUAUUUUCUUUUAAUGCUGAACAAAUUGUAGAACUGAAGGCUGCUGGUGCCUUUACAGCUUUCGCUGAAGCGUUGCGUCGAGCAGCACCAUCCACUGUUAGUAAUAAUGAUGAGGAAUUAGAAUUAAUGGCAAGGAGAGAAAUGGAAGAGGAAUUGGUGCGUUUAGAAUGGCGAGCGCAUCAGAAAUCUGAGAAAACAGAUCCUGCUACUCAACGAAUGGUAUUAUUAGGAGCUGCUGUACCAUUCUUAGAUAAUAGUAAAAAGAAUGGUAGUGAAGAUACUGCACAGUGUUCACGCACAUGGCAGCGUAUUAUGUACGAUUUAUGGUUAAAAUGGCGUCAAGGAACUUUUCAAUCUAAUGGAGAAUUAGUUAGUGGUCCAAAUGCAUUACCAUGGGGUUCUCCACUUCUUCCUGGUUCUUUUUUGGCUUCGUCAGCGAAAGAAUACUUUCUAAACCCUAAUGGGGAACGUAACGGUGCUGUUAAGGCAGGUAGAUCUUAUGAAAAGACAGGAGGGGAUAUUGAUGAUCAACAAGUGAUUUCUUCUGCAUUCCCUCGACGUCGCGGUGCCUAUGGCUUUCUUCGUUGGCGUAUCGAUGUUUAUGAGCCACGUCUACGUGCUGCUUCAGGUGGUAGUCGUGGAGAACAUGGUUUGGUUGGAUGUGCAAAUUUAUUAAGUGCAACUGAAGUCAAUAAACUUAUUGAAGAGAAACUACCUCCUUUAUUGACUGAUUUAGUACUUGAUGAACGUAUGGACCCUAUUGAUGCCAUAGGAGUUACAGAUAUUCGUAGUGGGGUUGAAACAUGGAGGCAAUGGUUGGCACAUAUGUGA